AUGAAACGUUGUAGUAGUUGCAAAAAUUUUUUACCUGAAACCGUAUUUAAAAAAAUUAAAGCAACGUUAUCAAAAACUUGUAAUCAAUGUUUGGAUUAUCGAAACCAUAAAAAUUGUGAAAUUCGAAAAUUAAAAAAAAUUUCUCAAGAUAAUAAUUAUAUAUUUAAUAAUGAUGAUGUUGAAUUGGCUGAGAUUCAUAUUAAUCAAUUAUUACAAUUUGUUGAAGAAUUUGUUGCCAAUAAGGAAAAUAAGGAGUUUGAGCUAAAUAUAUUAUUUAAUAUUAAUGAAAAGAUGAAUUCAAUUACUCAAGUUGCUAAAAAAUUACAUAAAAUAAUUGGAGAUAGUGAUGGUUAUAAAUGGAACUUUUGGAAAGCUAAUUAUUCAACUUGUCUUCCUGACCAAAAAGGAACAAUAUAUUAUUAUUGCAGUCAAUCUGCAAUUUUAAAUAAAUUUAAAAAUUCUAAUAGAAAACGAAUUACAAAAUUUAAAUGUAAUGGGCAGCUUAUUAUUCGCAUUAAUAUGAUAAAUUCCAAAGCUUAUAUUAAAGUCAAGCAUUUAUUAUAUCAUGAGCGUCCUGCUAUUUCUACUGGUGUUCCAAAGGAAAUAAUUGCUGAAAUAAAUCAAAAUUAUCAUCUUGAUUCUUUACAACUUCAUUCUUAUCUAUCUACAUAUUUUGAUUUACAAGAUAUUACACCUAAACAAAUUUAUUAUUGGUGA